AUGAUCAAAAAUUGUUUAACUGUCUAUAAUAGCUCUAGUUUCAAAAAUAUAAAUAACAUCAAUAACAAAUAUAUUAUAGCAUCAUUAUCUCUAAACAAAUCCUCAUGUUACAAUACAAUAAAUAACUAUUUUUUUAUUAAUAAUAACAAUUAUAAAAGAUAUUUUAGUUCAAGCGAAAAAUAUAAUGUGCAUCCUACCGAAAUAAAACUAACUGAAAAAGGAAAAAGAUUGGAUAUUAAAUUUGAUGAUAAUAAUCAAACCAAUUAUUCAUUUUCGUCAGAGUUCCUCAGAAUUGAAACACCCUCUGUCGAAAAAGGUAAAUCAAUAGUAUCAGGCAAAAGAAAUGUUAAAAUUUCUAAAAUAGAAAGGGUUGGGAACUAUGCGAUUAGAUUAGUUUAUGAUGAUUUACACGAAACAGGUAUAUAUAGUUGGGAAUAUUUAUUUCAGUUGGGUAAAAGCAAAUACACAAGAAUGAAAAAGUACUUAAAGGAUCUUAAAGUGUACAAUAGGUCAAGAGAUCCACCCCAGACCACUCAAACCAAACAACAAAUUAUCGAAAAAAUUUUAAAAGAUACAAAAGAAAAAGAAAAAAAAGAGAAUGUUACUAAAAAAUAA